AUGGCUGAGCCCGAACCGAGAUACGAACCGAGUCAAAAGUUGGGCGCACCAGAAACUGAACCUGAAAGUGAGGGGCUAGCUGAACCGCAAAUUGAUCUUAGUUCAGUGAACAAAGCUUGGUGGAUUGCGUUUAAAUUUCACUGGAUAUUCUUUGCAAUUUGUUUUGCCCUACUGGUGCUCUACAAUGGAUAUCAAUUGUAUAAGACUGCAUUUCGCUGUGGAAAAAUGGCCAACAGGAGUUACGUGUCCAUUGUACAAACGCUUGUGAUUGUUUUUGGGUUUACCAGAACAUUGGCGUUAUGUAUAUCGCCGUACGAACUCACAAGUAAUACCCCGAAACGAGUUCCUUUUUUGAUUCCGCGUUUGCUGUUCGGCUUUGGGUUUCCCUGUCUUUUUUCCGGAUUUACUUUCGUGCACAAAAUUUUUCUUGACGUUAGUAAGGUCCAAGUGAUUUCGCGAAAUGCUCUUGGGAACAGACUGGUAGCAGUUGUGCUUGUUAUUCACUUUAUUAUCUUCGUAUCUUCAGAGAUCAUUACAAGUUAUGUGAAGGGGGCAGAGUUCUUGCUUCUUCUUUGCGGCUUGUAUUAUUUCUUCGGCUGUUUGAGCAUUGCGUUAAGUUUGCUUUUUAGUGGAGGACGCGUUCUACAAAAGACUCGAAGGAUACAGGCUUGCCUUACUGAAUAUAAACAAACAGGCAAGAAAAGUGGCGAACUUUGUGGCACUGGAAAAACCAAAGACAGAACAGGCGAAGCCUCGUCGAAAGUUAUGAGAAUUACAGCUUUCGCGGCUAUUUUUGGCGUUCUGUGCGCACUUUUCUACAUAUAUACACUCGUAUGGAUAAUCCGCGGAACUAUGGGUGACAAGUCAUCGCCAGCGCCGUGGACCUGGUUAAUUGUGAACACGUUUUUGAGACUUUUCGAGUUGUUUUUGGCCUCAACUAUGAGUUACGCUGUUGGAUGCAGCUAUCAACGCAGCACUCAUACGCGAAUUCUGGUAUCUCGCUGUGACGAUACUGUGAAUACGCCACCCUGA